UAAGUUCUCCUCUCACUUUCACACAUCACAAACACCUACACAGCCAAAAAAAAAAAAUCUCUCUUCUUAGUUCUCUGUCCCCUGUUCAUUGGUAUGUAGGUGGGUGGGUUUCUGCUGGUGUAAUCAGAAAUACCGCCACUAGAACACAAAACAAAACCAGACAGGUGAAGUGGUAAACGAGGUAAACUGGCCAAUCUCCAUCUCUCUGUGCACUGCUUUGUUUACACUGUCGAUGAACUCGUAUUGAGAUUAGCGUGAUUGGUGAAAGGAAAAAAGAAUGGCGAGAGAGAAAAUUCAGAUCAAGAAGAUCGAUAACGCGACGGCGAGACAGGUGACCUUCUCUAAGAGAAGAAGAGGGCUUUUUAAGAAGGCUGAGGAGCUUUCCAUUCUCUGUGAUGCUGAGGUCGCUCUCAUCAUUUUUUCCUCCACAGGAAGGCUCUUUGAAUACGCCAGCUCAAGUGUGAAGGGGAUACUGGAAAGGCAUCAUCUGCAUUCUAAGAACCUCCAAAAACUUGAUGAACCUUCCCUUGAGCUGCAGCUAGAGAACAGCAACCAUACGAGGUUGAGCAAGGAAGUGGGGGAGAAGAGCCAUCAACUGAGGAGAAUGAGAGGAGAAGAGCUGCAAGGGUUAAAUAUAGAGGAAUUGCAGCAGCUAGAGAAAUCACUUGAAACCGGAUUGAGGCGUGUAUUAGAAAGAAAGGGUGAACGAAUUAUGGAGGAGAUUAGCGCGCUCCAAAGAAAGGGAUCACAAUUGGAGGAGGAGAAUGAGAGAUUGAGACAACUGAUGAACAUGUCCAAAGGCCGGAGGCAUUUUGCCCAUGAAUCUGAAAACAUAGUCCAUGAAGAAGGCCAAUCAUCAGAAUCAGUUACUAAUAUCUGCAGCUCCGUUGGUCCACCUCAAGAUAAUGACAGUUCUGAUACCUCUUUGAAGCUGGGGUUACCUUAUUCCAGUUGAAUUUGAAGGAUGAUGCCCUUGGAGAUUAUUUUUAGUGCCAAAAGAGGAAGGCUAUAUAAAGUCUAGAUUUUCCUUUUAAGUCAAGCUUGUUUUAAUCGCCCACCCCCUCCCCUUUCUUCUCUGGGAAACAUGAAAACAAGUAUCAUUACUCAACCAACUGAAAGGAAAGCACAAAAGUACAUUAUGGUUAUAGUCUUGUUAUAUUAGAAUACAAAACUAACUUUGUAUGUAGGUUUUCUAUAAAAUCCUAUUUGCUUACGUAA